AUGCCCGAAUCAAGCACCACCACCAACAUAUCCAAGUUGGCCGAGGACAUAGCCUUCAUCCGGGGUCUCAUCAGCGCCCAGCAGAAAGUGCGUGCGGCGGCUGAGGCGGGGACAUGCUGCCGCUUGACGGCCGAGGAGGCCAAGGCGCUGUACGAAUUCCGCCAGGCUCUCAAGGAGGACGAGAAGGAGAGCGGUGAAGCGAGUGAGAAGAAAUAA